CAGAUCUGUGAACUUAUUAGAGGUUAUGAAACUUCUCAAGGAAUUCAUGGCUUCUAAUGAGACGUUAGUGUAUUUCAUGAAAAUUUUCUUCAUGAGGCGUUCAUGAGACGUUCAUGAAACGUUCAUGGAGUUUAUUAAAAGUUUAUUAAGAGCUGCUAUGAUCAAAAAUGACAUUACCUAAAGUAAAUAUUUUAGAUAUUGGUGCAAAUAUUAUACAGAGUCAGUUACUUAAGUCUCCACCAGGACCAAAACUUUAUCAAGAAAACUCGUGGCACAUUCGUUAUUUUUCUUUAUUAAAAAUAAAAGAUGACUAUGCGUAUUCAUGCUGUCGAGUACGCGUGUCUAAAGGUUUUACAAAACUAGAUACUUCACAAAAGAUUUUUCUUGCUUAUUGGGAUUCUGCGCUUUCUUUUUUCAGCAAAAAAAACCCAAUCCGUGUACUACCACUGUACAAAGAGGCUUUACCGUGCCAGCGCCAACAUCCUAUAAAUCCAGUAAAAUAUCCUUUUGUUUUUGCAAUGGAUAUCGCACAUAGACGUUUGUUUUUGUGUGCAGAUAACAGUGUUAUGUAUGAAGAGUGGGUUUCAAAAGUAUCAGAACAACUUCUAAACAAUGAGAAGCAAAAAAUAAUUUCGCAAAGUAACUUCAAACAAUCGGAAUUACAAAAUCAAAGUCCAUCAAUAUGGAGUUGCGCAUCUGAAUCGUCAACAGAUAGCGACAACAGUUUUAGCAAGCUGUCUCUCUCUGAAAUGGUGUUUGAAGCGUUAUCUUCUUCUAUUUCAAGCUUUCCAACAACUACAAAUAAAGUUAACAUAAGAAGAUAUACAACAUCGAAUUCAAAAGAACUAAACGAAAAGAUUACCCCGUUAGCCUCUUCAACGUCAUUACCAUUGCCGUCCACCUUUUAUAAUAGCCACGGUGGAAAUUCUCAAGUUGAAACUAAAGAAAUUAUGCAUGAAAACAAUCAAAAAAUUAAACUCAGCUCUAACGAUACAAUGGAAACCACGGAACCCACAAAACACACAGAAAUGAAAGAUCAAUUAAUAAAAUCUCACAAGUCUUUAUCUCGUCAGAGGUCUGCAUCAGUAGGACAUAUUGAUAUAAAGUUUAACCAAAGUCCAAAGCCAGUAAAUAUUAAUGACGGGAUUCACUCUAAAAACAUAGCUUCAGAACUAUUUGCGAUAGAAAACAAAACUAUUGAAAUUUCAAGUUCUUUAUUAUCAUCGAAUAAAGUUUUUAAAACCCCCCAAAUAAUAUCUGAAGAUAUAAUACUGCAACAACCCGGUCAUUUAACUGAAAAAUACCAAAGCAAAAUUUAUGAGAGCGAAUAUGCAGCAUCAAAAGAUUGUAAAAAUGAUAAGUCCUUGUUGUCUUCCUUAAAUAACUCCGACAAAGGUUCUGGUGUAAACAUAGAAGAUGUAAACGGGGAAGUUAGAGAUAAAAAUAGCCAUUACGAAAAACAACAAAGUUUUGAAUUAACUUCAAACAUUACCAUAGAAAAUAAUGAAAUAUUUAAAAAAGAAGAAAAAAUAGAUCAAGUAUUAAGACCUAAUCAUCACAAGCCUCUAACUUUUAAGCGAUCUGUAUCCACAGGAGAUAUUCACGCGGCUGAAUGGAAUUCUGAGUAUCAAAAUAAAACUGAAAAAUUUAACAGUUUAUUAAAGUUUUUUAAAACGCAUAAAAAAACAACUGAUGAACCAAGGCUAAACAACCUGGUCCAUUCUUUUCAAGAUAACUAUGAUGAAACUUGCGAAAAUGAAAAAACAUCUACUUAUAAAAAGAUUUCAAACUUUUUUACUUUAAGACGCAAUAAAAAUUUAUUUAAUGAGAAUUCAACUCAUAAAACCAUUUUAAAAAUAGGAAAUGAGUGCAAUACACAACUCGCAACCAAUACACAAUUGAUUAAUCAUAGCAUGACUGCUGGAAAAAAAAAGUCUUUCGAUAAAUCGACCAGUAAUAUUAUGGAUAGUUUAACUUGCAAAAAAGAAGAUACUGAAAUUUCUUCGAAGCAAAUCCAGACUGACCUGAACGAUAAUAUUUCCUACACCAGCACAUCCCCUCGCAUAAUCUCUGAUAAAAUUUACCACAACACAAGUCAUCAAGAUGCUAAUUGCGUUGUUUAUGACAAAACUUGUGAACACAUAUUGCAUUUUAAAGAUAUGAAAGUUAUUUUUCCACAAAAUAGCAAGAUUAUUUUAGCCAAAGAAAACUUAGAAGUUAUAUCAGAAAAAACAAGAUGCACGUUUCAAAUAAACAGUAGUGACCAACCAUUUAAUAAUAUUUUUAUUUCAUGAAAAUGACAUGUUUUCUAUGGGAUAAGUAUCAGUUACUUUUAUUAAUAAAAUAUAAUUGAACCAGUUAAAA